AGAUGCAUCUGGACAACAGCAGCAUCGGGUCAUGGCGAGGUGUCCUUAGCUUUAUCAAGUACGGAGGGAAAGUCUUUGAGUCGCAGACCUGAGCAUUUCUUUUGUAUCGGUGAUAAUUUCAAAUAACCCUUAAUAUUCUUCAUUAUGAUUACGAGUAAUUUUUAAGGUAAUUGUUUGAUUGAGACUGUCUAGCACGCGGUGCGCUCAGUGCGCGCAGUGACGCAGAGGGGAAGAGUCUUUUACUUUGAUGCCUGCUCCUGCUGUGCAUCAAACUACAAUAACAUUCUUGUCUCUUACAGCUGUGCUGGAAGUAGUACAACACAGACAUUAUGUCUGCCUGUUAUAGGAUGAAUAAUGUCACCUAUUCCCCCUGGCAGCGGUAACCUGUAUUUCUCGCUGUGCGUAACUGAACUGAAACUUUACGCACAAACACCAAACCUCUCCAAAUUGUGUUUCUCUUCCCUCAUCUCCAGCCCAUGCACGCGGAGGUGUCAGCUAUAGUUUCGGUGGAGAACUCUCGCUUGUCCGGUUUUUGUCUGCGAGAUUGGCGUCCUUAUCCAAGCGCACCAACUCAGACCAGUGGCUCCGCAAGAACCCGCAGGGGGCCGUGAGAGCACCGGGCCAGCGUGGGCUUCGUAUACGCCACAGAGAAGAUGAAUAUCCAGGUUCUCCCAGAACACAAGCUCUCGUCAGUAGCCCCACUGAAACAGUGCAAUGUGGAGAAAAAAGAGGUAGAACUGAUACUGGUGAAGGACCAGAAUGGCGUUCAGUACACCAGUUCCUCCAUCAUUCCAACCCCCGGCCACCACGGAGGUCCGCCCGGAUGCGAUGAAAGCCGGGAAACUUGGGGCAAGAAAAUAGACUUUCUCCUGUCGGUGAUUGGCUUCGCAGUGGAUCUGGCCAAUGUUUGGAGAUUCCCUUACUUGUGCUAUAAAAACGGAGGGGGUGCCUUUUUGAUCCCCUACAUUCUGUUCUUGGUCAUUGCGGGGAUGCCAUUGUUCUACAUGGAACUUGCCUUGGGCCAGUACAACAGAGAAGGGGCAGCUACAGUGUGGAAAAUAUGCCCUGUUUUUAAAGGUGUGGGCUACACCGUGAUCAUCAUAGCGCUGUAUGUAGGCUUCUACUACAAUGUCAUCAUUGCCUGGUCCCUGCACUACCUGUUCUCCUCCAUGACCAGAGACCUGCCGUGGCUCAAAUGUGGCAAUAUCUGGAACAGUGAGAACUGCACGGACCCCAAAGCCAUCAACAGCUCCGUCAUUGGCAAUGGAACAUCUUAUGCCAAGUACAAGAUAACCCCGGCAGCAGAGUACUAUGAACGGGGUGUGCUGCAUCUACAUGAGAGUAGAGGUAUCCAGGACCUCGGAUUACCUCGCUGGGAGCUGACUUUGUGUCUGGUGGUGGUGGUCUUCAUCCUCUACUUCAGCCUGUGGAAAGGAGUCAAGUCCUCAGGGAAGGUGGUGUACAUCACAGCUACCAUGCCCUAUGUGGUCCUUUUCGUAUUGUUGAUUCGAGGUGUUACUCUACCAGGCUCCAUGGACGGCAUCAGGGCCUACCUCCACAUUGACUUUCAACGGCUCAACAAUCUAGAGGUGUGGAUUGAUGCUGCCACUCAGAUAUUCUACUCACUCGGAGCAGGAUUCGGGGUGCUCAUUGCAUUUGCCAGUUAUAACAAAUUUGACAACAACUGCUACAGGGAUGCUCUCUUGACCAGCACUGUGAACUGCGUCACCAGUUUCUUCUCAGGGUUUGCUAUCUUCUCUGUGCUCGGAUACAUGGCUAACAAACACAAUGUGAGAGUAGAAGAUGUGGCAACAGAAGGUGCUGGAUUGGUGUUUAUCAUCUACCCUGAGGCAAUUUCUACACUGCCGGGCUCAACAUUUUGGGCCAUUGUGUUCUUCAUCAUGUUGCUGACUCUUGGCAUUGACAGUUCGAUGGGAGGCAUGGAGGCGGUCAUCACAGGCCUCACGGAUGAUUUUAAAAUCCUCAAAAGAAACAGGAAGCUCUUCACCUUUGCCACAGCCUUUGGAACCUUCCUGGUUGCCCUGUUCUGCAUCACUAAUGGUGGCAUCUAUGUGCUAACUAUUUUGGAUAAGUAUGCAGCUGGGACUUCCAUCUUAUUUGGUGUGUUGAUUGAAUCUGUUGGAGUGGCCUGGUUUUACGGUGUGGACCGCUUCAGUGAAGACAUUGAGAAAAUGAUGGGCUUCAAGCCAGGUCUCUACUGGAGGUUGUGCUGGAAAUUUGUCAGCCCAGUUUUUCUGUUGUUUGUUGUCAUAGCAAGUACGAUGACAUCAUCAAGCCUCAAGUAUGACGAGUACGUCUUCCCUUACUGGUGUAACAUGGUUGGCUGGGGCAUCGCCAUGUCCUCCAUGCUCUUUGUACCAUUCUACGCCAUUUAUAAAUUCCUCAGUGUUCCAGGAACAUUUAAACAGAGGAUAGCAUAUUGCAUCACUCCAGAAUAUGAACAUCACUUGGUGGCUGAAGGAAAUAUACGGCAAUUCAAACUGAGUCACUGGUUGGCAAUAUGAUGACCAACACCCAGAAUCCCCUCAUCUAUCCUUGCAUUUGGAGUUCCUGUGUUCCACUAGGGGUCGGACAGACAAGAAGAAAAACCGACUCCAACAUCUCCUGGCAUUCUUUGUUUCCUCCAUGUACUUUUACCACCUCAAGCUCUUGUUGUUUAAAGUAGCUUUAAGCACUCUGAUGUCAAAGUAAGGCCUCUUGACAUUUCCGUGCUACUCUACUACUUCAGCUUGUGAGAGAGGGGCAGUCAGCAGGAUAAAUAUGUACUGUUAUUCACCAUUGGGCGUCAUUAUGAUUCAGUAAUGCCUGUGAUGUAACUAAUUAUCUUCUGGAUGGGUCAGAAACUAAACUAUCUAAAUUCACUGCACGCUAACUUCAGACUGGGCUCAAUAAUUACAUUUUUAAACUUCUUUUAGUCCAAUGAUUAUUGUGUAUUUUGUUACUACUGUUGUCAGAGUAGCUUAUCUGUGUCAGUGCCUUAUCAAGCAAGACACUUCAUGUUUCUCACAGUCGGAACAGGAAGAUUAAAUAAACUGUGUAGGCUCAGGAACCCACUAAAUCAAACCACAGUUUAUUGAUGGCAAUCUCUGGAUUUGACUCUGUCCUGUGAUGUUCAAGUUUAAGAGCUGUGGUCAACAGUGCAUCAAGGUCAAGCUCGCAACAAGAAAAAUGGGCCAGAUAUUAUGCUCCUGUUACAGAAAAGGGAACUGCUCAUAUAUCAUAAAGCUUUAAAGAACGAAAGCAGGUUUUAUGCUUUAAGAAAGUCAGGGUCAUAACCAGGCCUUUGUUUGAAAUAAAGACCACAGCUAAACAUGGUCAGUGCCUGCCUGCUUACUGAAGGUAAGAAGUAAAAUAAAAUAAAAAUAGCAAAACAGAUGGCGUAACUGUUAGAGUUUUUGUAUAACUGUUUGACUUUCCUUGCAGACUUUUGUUGGUUCAGUUGUGUAGGAUGUGGCUUUUCCUCAAAAACAGCAAGAAAAAGUGUGUGUCUGUGUGCGUGGGUGUGCGUGUGUUUAUUGGGAUUUUGUUGCCAACCAUGAAGUAUGUUGUUAGUGUACAGUACAUGGAGAAAAGACAACUGUAAAAUGUCUUUUUCACUGCACUGUAUAUUAGAUAUUGUGUCAACGGUAUGCUAACAACUCUUGUAAUUUGAAACAUAUCCUGUGAUGGUCCAUUUUUUUUUCAUCAAUACAGAAGUGCCAAUAUGUUCCUUUAGGAAUUUUUGGAUGAUCUUACUUUUUUUUAUUUAUUGAAAUUAAGUUGAAUUUGGACCAUUAAUUAUAACAGAUCCUUGCUGAAAGGAAAAAAAAGCCACACAGACAAAAUCUGAUAUAUGUGGAAUAUAUAAGAUAUCAAAUAUAUAAAUAUAUUCUUUUGUUACAUCUAAUCUUGUAUUUAUCAGAUAGUUUAUAACAAAACGUGAAUGUAAAGUAUUUUAAACGUAACUGUCCAGAGUCAUAACAUGGUGUUUGAUGUAUAGCUAAGAGGAACUAUUAAGAAAAAAUAUUCUUCAGUAUAACCCUGGGCUCCUUUGUUACAUAUCUAUGUGAACAAAGACACCCUGGCUUGGACUAUGUUUACAGAAAUACAAUGUACAAUACCAACGUCCUGUUGAGUGUGAGUGACAACUAUCCAUGAAGAAGUCUCAAGUAUUCAAACUAUGAUAAUAAAGAAUUUCUUCUAAACACA